AUGGACACCUGCCGCUUGGAUUCCGACGAUACCUUCGGGCCCGUCGUAUCUCACUGUCGUGGCGGGUUCGACUUCACCUUGCUGUUCGAGCAGGCUAUCCUCUCUAUUCUUCCCUCGGUGCUCGUUCUUGCAGCAUCCGUAUAUCGGCUCCUUGGUCUCCGUCGCCAAUCCGUCAAGACAAUCACCAAGUCGCGUGCUCCUUGGGUAACAGCAAAGCAGACCGCCAUCGGAGCCUAUGCGAUCACGCAGCUGGUUCUGGUGAUCCUCUGGGCCAUCCCAGGACACAAUUCCACCAGAGUGUCAGUAGCAGCAUCCGCUGUCUCCUUGGCCACAGCUAUAGUACUCUCCAGACUGUCAUACGUCGAGCAUAACCGAUCAGCAGAGCCUUCAGGGAUCCUCAACUUCUACCUUACCUUCUCGAUUCUCUUCGACGUCGCCCAAGCGAGGACGCUAUGGCUCCGAGGCAACGGCACCGCCAUAUCCGCCGUCUUCACGGCUGGUAUUGUGCUGAAAACAGUCAUGUUGGGCGUUGAAAUGGUCGGAAAGCGCGGCAUUCUACAGGCGCCGUAUCGAGACUGGUCACCGGAAGCGCUGGGCGGCAUAAUGAAUCGAAGUGUCUUCUGGUGGAUUAAUUCGCUCUUGCAUAGGGGCCAUGGUUCCAUCCUCAAGCAGAGUGAUUUGUUUCCCUUAGACCCAGACCUCCAGUCGCUUCAACUCCGAUCGAAAUUGAUACAGGCUUGGGAAAAGUCCGACAAGAAGAGCCCUCACUCUUUGUUAUUCACAACCAUAGUCUCUUUGCGGAAGCCUAUGCUGGAAGUUGUCAUGCCUCGAAUCGCCCUCUCCGCUUUCAAGAUCUGCCAGCCCCUGUUGGUUAACAGAGCAGUCUCUCUAUUGUCCGAGCCUGCGAGCCAGAGAAAAACCGAUAUAGGUCGCGCCUUGAUAGGUGCCACGGCGCUCGUCUACAUUGGUAUUGCGAUAACUACGGCAAUGUACAAGCAUAAGACGUAUCGCUAUAUCACCAUGAUGCGUGGCGCGCUGGUUUCUUUGGUCUAUGACAGAACUCUGAGCCUCAAUCUAGGUGCAGUGAGCGACGGGGCAGCCAUCACUCUCAUGAGUACAGAUAUUGAGCGAAUCGCAGCUGGCUUUGAGUGGACAGACGCACUCUGGGCCGGGCCGAUCGAGCUCGCCAUUGCCACUUACAUUCUUUACACUCAGAUCGGAUAUUCUUGCUUUGCACCAUUAAUCCUAAGCAUCAUUUUCCUCGCCAUAUGGGCCGCCCUUUCUGGAGCCUCUGCCAACUAUCAAAUGGCUUGGAUGGAAGCUGUACAGAGCCGUGUCUCAAGUGCCGCCAAUGUUAUUGGUAACAUGAAAGGUAUCAAAGGCUCUGGCCUGUCGGAUGUCUUUGCAGCUGACCUCCAGAGACUUCGUGUGGACGAGCUCAAGGCUUCUUCCAAGUUCCGGCAGAUCCUGGCGCUCUUCUCCAUCCUUGGAAACUUCUCAGGCGCUGCCACCCCCGUUCUCACACUUAUUAUCUACAUGCUUGUCAUGAGGGCGACGACCAGCACGGAUCUGGACCCCGCAGUGGCAUUCACGUCCAUCUCACUGGUCUCUUUACUGGGCGCGCCUGUCCAACAAUUUGCCAUGGCCCUGCUUAACCUUGCUGCGGCAACUGGCUGCUUCCAAAGAAUUCAACAAUACAUCAUCUCAACCGACGAGCAGCGAGACUCAUCCUCCGACAUGUCAUUCACAUCGGAUCUCAAGGAUACCACACAGGUUCAACUUAAAGAUUUAAAAUCUCUCGCAGAUGCGCCCCGUCAUGGUCAACAUACGGUGCAUGUAGAAAGCGCGAGCUUCAGCUUCACCCCCGAUGGGCCUACGGUUCUCAACGACAUCUCAUUGACUUUGUCACCCGGCUCAUGGACAGUAAUUACCGGACCUGUUGGCAGCGGCAAGAGUGCUUUACUCCUCGCUCUAUUGGGUGAGAUGCAUAAGAGCAAAGGAUCCGUGGACUUGCACCCAACUCGCAUGGCUUUCUGCGCACAGGAUGCAUGGCUUCCCAACCAAACCAUCCGCUCUCUUAUUAUUGGCACUUCUGAAUUCGAUGAAGAUCUUUAUUCGACCGUUUUGAGCGCCUGUGAAUUGCACCAAGAUCUCAAGAUUCUCUCUAAAGGAGACGAAUCGGUUGCUGGAAGCAAGGGUACGAGUUUGAGCGGAGGCCAGAAGCAGAGGAUCGUUCUCGCCAGAGCUCUUUAUGCGAGACCUAGCCUGCUCCUACUGGAUGAUGUACUCAGCGGUCUCGAUCCAACCACCGAGCGCCGCAUAGUCGAUAGUGUGUUUGGCCCACAGGGAAUUUGCCGAAAAAACAACACGACUGUUCUGUUGGCCACUCAUACAGUCUCGGCUGCAAGGGAGGCCGAUCAAGUCAUCAUGAUGGGUACCGGAGGUGUGAUUCUCAAACAUGGCUCACCAGCCUCGCUAGAUUUGAUCAGCUCCGAUAGUGACAUCAAGGAGAGCCGUACACCAGUGGAAGACGUCAGUGAUGCUGAUAUUCCAACGGAUGCGACAGGCCCAAGCGCCCCAGAAAUGGAUGCAGAAGACCUGAGCAAAAAGGAGGCAGAGGAUGAUCUCACUCGCAAGACAGGAGAUAUACGCCUGUAUCUCUACUACUUCAGAAGCGUCGGCUGGGUUGUCACCACUGUGUUGUUCGUGAGCUGCGCUCUCUUCAGCUGGAGCGCCCAAUUCCCAACCCUCUGGCUGAAGUGGUGGUCCGAUGCCAAUGGAGAGAACACUACCAUGUACAUGACUGUGUACGGUAUGUUCUGCGUCAUCUGUCUGCUCGCCCUUACUCUGGGUGUCUGGACGCUGGCCAUGGUAGGAAUUCCCAAGUCGUCAAACAAACUCCAUCAUGUUGUGCUUCAGACAAUGAUGUCUGCUCCGUACUGGUUCUUCGUGUCAACGGACUCGGGUCAAACUCUCAACCGCUUCAGUCAAGAUAUGUCGCUCAUCGAUAUGGCACUUCCAGUCGCUCUGGUCGAGUUCUCAUUCGCGGUAUUCCUCUGCAUAAUGUCAGCUGUGCUUAUUGCUCUAGGCUCCAAAUGGACCGCACUGAUGUACCCACCCAUGGCUAUCAUUCUGUACGUCUUGCAAAAGUUCUACCUCCGAACCUCUCGCCAGAUGCGAUACCUCGACCUUGAGGCAAAAUCGCCGCUGUACUCCCACUUCAUGGAAACUCUUCAAGGACUUUCGACAAUCAGGGCCUUUGGGUGGCAAGAGCCCUCUCGGAUGCAUCAUCACCAGAUCCUCGACACCUCCCAGCAGCCGUUUUACCUCAUGUACGCCAUCCAGCGAUGGCUGAACCUGGUCCUGGAUAUCGUUGUCGCUGUCGUCGCGACGUUCACCAUGGCUUUAGCCACGCAACUGCCAGGGGCAUCCGACUCCGGCCUCGGUGUGUCACUCAGUAACAUUCUGUCCUUCAGCGGCACAAUGGCUCUUCUCGUCAGUGUCUGGGCAGAGCUCGAAACUUCGCUCGGUGCUGUGUCUCGUGUGAGGGCCUUUGAGAAGACGACGCCGUCUGAACAUCUUCCAGAAGAAGUCGUGGAGCCGCCCGCUGAAUGGCCCACCAAAGGCGAGAUUGUCUUCUCCAACUUCUCCGGCUCCUAUAAAUCCCCGUCAGAGAAAGUGUUAAAGGACAUUGACUUAAAGAUAGAAGCAGGCGAGAAGAUUGCUAUCUGCGGUCGCACUGGAAGCGGGAAGUCAUCUUUUAUUCUCUCCAUCCUCCGACUUGUUGAGAAGGUCGAAGGAGAUAUCAUGAUUGAUGGGCUUGCCCUCUCAGACAUCCCCAGGGCACGAGUACGCAAGGGUGUCACGUCCAUUCCGCAAGAUCCGCUCAUCUAUCGAGGAACUGUCCGCUUCAACGCAGAUCCCCAUUCAGUUCACUCCGAUGAAGACGUCAUAUCCGCUCUCAAGGAGGUGAAUAUCUGGAGCGUUCUCAACGAGCGGGGGGGUCUUGAUGCGGACAUGGACACCGUCGGGCUAUCACGGGGCGAGCAACAGUUGUUCUGCCUCAGUCGAGCCAUCUUGGCCAAGCCACGGGUCCUCAUUCUCGAUGAGGUUACGUCGAGCGUUGACCGCGCGCAGGAGGAUGAAGUCGUCAAAAUGCUGUACCGCAACUUUGAGGGCACAACUAUCGUAAUGGUGGUGCAUCACUUGCGAAUGGUGCGCAACUUUGACAAGAUAUUGGUGCUGAGCGAAGGUGAAAUAGUAGAAUGGGACCAUCCAGACACGUUGAUGAUGGGUAACAGCAUGUUCCGACGCCUACUGUUCACACAAGAGGCCGCAGAUGAGAGCGCAUAG